GACUCAGAGGGUUAUACAGGCAGCCUUCUCAAAAUGGCUACCACAGCUGGAAAAACAGCACUGUAUAUGGCACCUCUUCAAGAUGAGUUAUGUCUCGAUCCACUGCCAUUCUCAGCAGAAGAGUUUGCGAAGAUGCCAAAGGUUGAGUGUCGUACUUGUAAAACCACAAUGCCACUACCAGUUUUGUGCUUGCAUGUUAAAUCUUGUGGUGGCUGCACACAGUCAGCUAAUGAUGAGACUACUGAAGAUGAGGAUGAUGAUGUAAAAGUAGUUGGUGAGAUUACCAGAGCAGUUACCCCUACAGCCCCAGCUUCUACACCUACACCCACCACUUCAAUACAAACUUGUUCUCCUACACCCACCACAAGUUUUGAGGAUGAGGGACAGUGUCCCAUUUGUUUAGACACAUUUUCACAGACAGAGUUGCCCAUGCAUGCAAGUGUUUGUGGAGAUAGUACAUUACAGACACUGGAUUAUGAGAGCAGUCCUCCAUGUGGCACACCUGUACAGCAAAACCAAGGCCCAGACUUGAAGUGUCCAGAUGAUGUAUUGCGUUUGUUGGCAAGUAGGGUAGAUGACAGCAAGGAUUUCAAGAUCUGUGUUUCUCGAACUGACUUCUAUCAAAGAGCUAUGGUGCAGUGGCAAAGACAAAAGAGAGGAACUCCGGGCAAUACUUUGCGUGUAACAUUUUUGGGGGAAGCAGGUGUUGACACAGGUGCCAUUCGUAAGGAAUUUCUUUCAGAUUUGAUUGGUGAGAUUGAGAUACACCUCUUUGAGCAUAGAGGACACCAGAGAGGGAAGAGCCCCAUCUACUCCCUAAGUAAUAUGGAGAAGGGAUUUUUUAGGACUGCUGGAGAAGUGUUUUCUGUUAGUCUCGCUCAGGGUGGGCCUGCCGCCCGUUUCUUGAGGCAGUGGUGCUUUGAUUAUCUCUCAUCUGGAGACUUGGAUGAAUCAACUCUCACUAUAGAUGAUGUGGAUGAUGCUGAACUUUAUAAUUUGAUUAAAAAGGUGGAGGAAGAAGAAACCGAUCUCUCUGCAUGAAAUGAUCAAAUAAUUAACUGUGGUUUUACUGGGGCCGUUAAACCUGAGAACAAAGAGGCCAUAAUAAGAUCAAUUGUGCUUCAUGCAACUCUACGUUUGGUCCCUUUGUUGAAGCAAAUCCGAAAAGGUCUUGAAGUCUACAAUUUUGUGGACAUCCUGGAAAACCAUUCAGGACUUUGCCACCAGUUCUUUGUCCCUGAUGUGGUGGAUGAUGAUGAUAAGGCUGAUGCAGACUUCAUCAUGCAGAACAUUCUUCCGAAAAUGUCGGAGAAGGGAUCAGUACGAGAGACUUAUGAAACAGCUAUAAUCAACUUUCUGCAAGACUUUCUCCAAGAAAUUGAAAGCUGUGAGGAUAACCCUGACGGAGACAUCCUGCCCUUAACUGUCCCCAGUGUUAUGCAAUGGCUCACUGGCCAGGGACACAAACCUCUUCUAAUGUCAGAACUUCUAAAUGUAUCUUCAUUUUGACCAUGAGUUUAUGCAGAGGAUGCCUGAACAUAAAAUAUGCUUCCCAGUUGUAAGUGCCUGUGCCAGAAAAAUUACAUUUCCCACAGUACACAUGGGUGACUACAGUUCUUUUAAAUCAGUCAUGUUGCAAGCCAUUCAGUUUGACAACGGUUUUAACAGAAUUUAAAAUGCUACUAAAUGUAUGGAGUUGUACAUGUUCAGGAAAAAACCUUUUAUACAUUGGUAAAUGUUCUUAUGGUUUUGAAAUUUACUGUGUAUGUGUAGAGAACACAAUGUGUUACAUAUUGUAAAAUUUUAUAUCUUAAUGCAUGUUAAGAGAACAAGUUGUUAUACAAGCCUUUUUCUGCUUUAAAUAUAGCCAAUACAGAAAAUAAAACAAGCAUGCAAUGUCAACUUAA